UUAAUUAACACAGAAAGAAAUGGAAGAAAUGCUCAGAUUUUUCUAUAAAAAGUUAUGGAUAUUAAAUAUACUUUUUGCAAUUUAUUUAAUUUUUUAUCUCGAUGGACGUCCCAGCAUUGGAGUAGCAGGUCAGAACGGGACUGCUGUCAACCUCACGUGUACCAAUGACACGUGUCUAAAUGAGGGGAAUUGCACAACAGAUGGAGGAAAUGGAACGUUAAUACAAUGUUCUUGCAGAUCCGGGUGGACUGGAGAAAGGUGUGAACGAGAUGUUUGCUCACUGGGUAACCAUGUCGAAAUUGAUGACAUCACCCGGGGUAUACACUUUACAACGGAGAACGCCACAACUGUACGAGGAAGGUGUGACAAAAACCUGUCCCUAGGGUGGUACCGAUUCACUAGUGGGGUGGGGUGGAAGAUGCCCCAAGUUUGCCCUGCUAUUGGACAGUGUGGUGCUGAGUUUCCAAUGUGGCUCAACGACUCCUACCCCGAAAACGACACAUUUGGACACGAGGCGAAGAUGUGUAUCCACUUCCCCGUGAAUCGGGAUGACGCCUGCUGCCUUUUACAUAUGACAAUCGAGAUAAAGAUGUGCAAAAGUUAUGCAGUUUAUAAACUGGACUCCACCGUGAAUUGUGACGCCUCAUUCUGCGUUGGUUUAGAAACUCCUUGUGAAAAUGACACAGAGUCAGAAACUGGGUUUACACCAUGUACCAAAAUGACUACUGUAGAGCAUAGUACAACGAUGGGGUAUAUUACAGAAACGCCAGGGCCCCAGCAUCCGUGUACAAACACAACGUUGUGCCAGAAUGGGGGAACGUGUGACGACGGGGUGGGCAACUACACGGGAAACUACACCUGUUUAUGUCCAGCUACCCAUACGGGGUUACACUGUGAAUCUGAGGUCAACACCAACCCCCCUCCAUCAAAUGUAGGCAUGAUUGUUGGUAUCAUCAUUGGCAGCUUAUUGUUGGUGGUUAUCUUAGUUCUUGUUGGAAUUUUAAUAUUUAAGAAGAAAUCAAGGUUGAGAGUUGAUCCACAAAAAGAAAAUGUACUCCCUAUCACUCCUGAACCAUCAGAGCCAUCUUUUGAUGAAACUACUUUGGAAAAGAAAAAUUGAGCUAGUUACAUAAAUUAUUCUAAAAGCGAAGAGAGAAAUAACAUAAAUACCUUAAGCCAAAUGGAGCAUUUUGUGACCUCCGAAGACUAAUAUUUUUACUUUUUUUUAAAUUUGCAUGUAGCAUGGACCAUGGUAUACAUGUACCAAUGAACUCAUAACUGAACCUGAUGUGCAUAAAUAUAAAUGAAUACCAAAUAAAUAAAUAACAUCAUCCACAAACAUAA